CUCCAAUGACUCAUUUCCUCUGGAUGCAUAAAAGGUAUUCCACAAGUAAACUCCCUCACAGAUAUUCUUGGAAUCCAAACGGACUCACCAAGAGAAAUAUUACAUGGAAUUACUGACUAGAUAAUUUUUCAAAGCCAGCUUCAUGGAGUCACUAGAUGAAGAGGACUAUGAGUAUGAAUAUAAUAUAACUUUCAAUGAAAGUUAUGAAUACUACCAUACUCUUUGUUACAAGGAUGAUGUUCGCAACUUUGGAAAGAUCUUUCUGCCCAUUUUCUACUCUUUGGCUCUAAUAAUAGGAAUUUCUGGAAACUCAUUAGUGGUGGCUGUUUACAUCUAUUAUAAGAGACUUAAGACCAAGACGGACAUAUACAUUUUAAAUCUGGCUAUAGCUGAUCUCCUCCUUCUGUUCACCCUCCCAUUCUGGGCAGCUGAUGCUGUUCAUGGCUGGGAGCUGGGAGAAGCCAUGUGCAAAAUAACCUCUGCCUUGUAUGUCAUGAAUUUCAGCUGUGGGAUGUUUUUCCUUGCUUGCAUCAGUCUGGACAGAUACCAAGCUAUGUUUAGAAACCAGGACAGACCAAGAAAACAGGAAUAUAUCUUUGUUUUGAUUGUUGUCUGGAUGGCUGCAAUCAUCCUCAGUUUGCCCCAACUAAUAUUUUCAACAGUAAAAGAAAAAGAAACCAGGCGAGUUUGCAUUUCAGUUUAUCCUGCUACAAUGGCCAGGAAUACAAAAGCAGCUAUUCAGUUUCUGGAAGUGAUUUUCAGUUUUGUGAUCCCAUUUGUAAUCAUGGUAUUCUGCUACACAAGAGUGGCCAAAACUCUAAUGUGGUCCCCAAACGUGAAGAAGUGGAGGGCAUUCAGAGUACUGCUGGCAGUUGUAGGUGUAUUUUUUUUGACUCAGAUACCAUACAAUAUUGUCAAGUUUAUCAGAGCAGUGGAUGUGAUCUAUUCAUUUAUAAUUAUGUGUGAGGCCAGUAAAAACCUGGACAUUGCCAUUCUCAUCACAGAAAGUGCAGCCCUUUUCCACAGUUGUUUAAAUCCUAUUGUUUAUGCCUUUGUUGGAGCUUCUGUUAAAAACCAUCUCCUAAAACUGCUAAAAAUGAUAAGUUCACAUAAGAGGACACACAGGGAACAAACUGUUGAAAUAUCUCUUAAUUCCCAUUCAAAUACUGAAAACACCAUCAGUUUCACAAUUUAAAGAGGUAGGUACUUAAGGAAGACCAGGUGAGACAAGACAAUAUUUCAAACAAAUACAGUUUUGUGCUUUAUCUGUAGAGCUUGAUAAUUAGGAAAGUUAAGAAAAAGCCAUCUUUCAAAUGGUAUAAUCGCCUUCAUAAUUUCAAAGGACUGAGCUGCCACUGAACUUUGACUUCCAAUGAUAAUGUGCAACCAACAUUAAACAAUUCACAUGAAACAACUGAAAAAAAUCAAGAAAUUUUGAAUAUUGCAUCUGGAGUAUUUCGGGCGCACACUGAAGACUUUUUUGAUUUGUAACUCAGUACUGAACAGUCAAACUAUAAAGUACAUGUAGACAUACACAGAAUUUGGAAGAAUUAAGUGUAUAGGACUUACAAAUUUUGUUAGGCAGAAUGGCCUGCAUUUGUCUAGAUUGUUCUAAUCUGCUCCAUUCUAGAUUGUUCUAAUGUUCUAAAAAUGUAAAUGUGUCAGUGCUAUAUUAUGAGGUAGUACUUCAUUUUAAUUUUAUGAUGCUUUCAAGAUCACAUACUAAGUUCUUCCUACUUUGUAACACGGUGAAAAACAAAAAAUGAACCCAAAUGCCUGACUUAAAUGUGAACAAAGCACUUUGUAUCAGAAACCCUGCAACAGUGCUCACAUUAGCAGUUGCUAUCAAUCCUGUUAAAUACUGCAAAUAAGUGACCUUGUUUAUAUCGUAUUUCCGUUGACACAAAAGGGAAGAAAAAAAAAAAGCUUUUCUCUAAUUUAUUGAUAAUACACUUGCUUUAAAAAUGUUAUAUUAUUGUAAUGCAGUUUUGCCUCUCGGUCUAGAGGGUAGAAGAUAAUACAUAUAAUAUAGGUUUGCCUCUCAGCUCUAGAGGCUAGAAGAUAAUAAAUAAAUAAAUAAAUUAGCAACACAGAAAAGAAUGUGCCAAGUGGAUGAACAGUUCAGAAACAGCUUCAUUCUUUACUAGACUCGGCUGUUGAAUAUCAUUUCAAAUCAGCAAUAUGACACUUGAAGGAUUAUUAUAAAAAAUGAUUAUGGAAGCAGGAUAGAUAAAAAUAUUACUCUCUUAAACUGUGUCUGGAUAGGCAAGGGAUGGAAAAAAAAUGAAAUUUUAUCAGUUAAGCCAACAGUUUUGGUUCCAUGUCAGGGAUUUUAAUUCCUCCUAGAACAUUAUAUUUCAUUGUGGCAUAACCCGUUCUUUUUGCCAGGAUUACACAACAAGUUUUGUAAACUUUAAACAUAAAAGACUUGUAUAAAUGCCAUAAUUGCUUCACCAUUUUUGUGCAGUAACAAGUCUUAACAUCCAGCAAAAACAAAAAAUUACCAAGUACAGGCUUGUUCAUGCAAAUAAUUAGACUGAAUGAAAUGUUGCCAAUGAAUCCAGCAUGCCCCAAAAUAACAUUACUAAUCCUCAUGUGCUAAAGGAGCUGACUUAUUCAAAGGAGACUUACAUAUUACUUCUGUUACAAUAAAUAAAUGAACAGCACAGUGGCUAGCUCUGAUGCCACACAGAUACAGCACUCUGGGUUUGAAUUCUGUGCCUCAUCAAGCCUUUCUAAAGUUUGCACAUUCCUCAUGCUAGGUUUUUAAAGGAGUCCUCCUGUUUGCCUGCCAUAUGUCCAAAAAUUGCUGUGUAAGUUUAGCUGGUGACUAUAAAUUGGCCUUGUGUGAGUUGUACCUGAGUGGCCCUUGCAAUAGACCAGUUCCCUAUGCAUAAUAGGUUCUGGCCUUGACACCCUGAACUGUGUUAAGGUAGAUUAAAAAUAUGAUGUUAUGACAUAUUACAGCACAUAUAUGACUAAAUUAUAGAAUAUUAAAAAAGCAAAAUUGAAAGUAACAUGUACUAUAAUCACAAUUGUAAUUAAUACUACGGACACACACUUCAUAGUGUGCUAAAGACAAAAGGGCAAAAAGAAAGACUCAGUUGAACAUUAGUAUAGAAAUGUUUAUAUUUAGACUUGGUUUUUUUGCAUAUACUUUAUAAGAACUGCAUAUGUAUUUUACUAAAUAUCUUUGUAAAGGAAUUAAUUGUUAUUUGCAAUAAUCCAUCAAUUAGUAAAAUAAUUUAUAAGUUCAUGUA